UACAGCUAUACACGGCUAUACACAGCUAUAUAUGAGUAUACACAGGUAUACAGAACUAUACCCAGCAAUACACGGCUAUAUAUACUAUACACAAAUAUACAUAGCUAUACACAGCCAUACACAGCUGUACACAACCAUACACGGCUAUACACGGCUCUAUAUGACUAUACACAAAUGUACAGAACUAUACCCAGCUCUACAGGUUAG